GCGAGGGAAUAGUAUCGGUCGACCAACACCACAAGGAUGCAUGGCGCCAGACGUACGCGACAAACUCCAGAGGCCAUAGCAGCUCGCAAACAACGAGAGCAGUCUAAACUGAAGGACUAUCUAUCUCUCACUGAGGAUGUUAUAGCAAGAAGGAAGAAGUCUGACUGGAGCAAGGAUUCUUUCGAUCUUACGACUCGAGUCCUCCAGAUCAACCCGGAAUUCUAUACGGUUUGGAACUACCGGAGAAAUAUCAUGAGCUACGGGUUAUUCGUAGAAAGCUCCCCGGAAUCAAUCAAUGACCUCCUCUCGGAUGAUCUCUCAAUGACUACGAUGGCAUUGAAAGCGCACCCAAAGGUGUACUGGAUCUGGAAUCACAGGCGGUGGUGCUUAGAGAACGUCCCAGAUGGUCCAGGUGACUCCCAUGACUGGAAGAAAGCAAAUUGGAACAGGGAGCUCGCCGUCGUAGAGAAGAUGUUGGACGCUGACGCACGGAAUUUUCAUGCUUGGAAUUACAGACGAUACGUCCUCGCUAAUAUGCCUGAGCGGCGUCCCGAGGCCGCCGAAUUAGCCUACACGACGCGAAAGAUUGAGGCCAACUUCUCCAACUUCAGUGCAUGGCAUCAAAGAUCGAAAGUAUACACAUCCCUAUGGGAGAGCGGGCAGCUGAAUCGGGAGAAGUCCAUACGAGACGAGCUUGAACUUGUGAAGAACGCCAUGUAUACCGACCCCAACGAUCAGAGCGCAUGGCUAUACCAUCGAUGGCUCAUUGGCUCGGGGAACGAUCGCGAGAUACUGGAGAGUGAAAUCACGGCUAUCGAAGAACUUCUGGAAGAACAGCCAGAUAGCAAGUGGUGCAUCGAAUCCCUGGUGCACUAUAAGAGGCUCUUAAUCAAGAACCAUUCCGCGGAAUUCGGGGCUGAGCAGACCAAGGGGUUGUUGAGUCAGUGCGUCAGCUUUCUCCUGCAAUUACAGACCUUGGAUCCCCCAAGAAGGAAUAUGUAUCAAGACAUAGUAGAUACUCUGUCCGCUACUUGAUCUCACGUUAUCCCUGUCUCGGUGCUUCGCGAUCCAAGCGUCUCGAACAGAAGUCUGUUGUUUUCAAAUGCUAUGUUACGAGCUCCUGC